AUGAUUAAAAAUUACCAACUAUGUUUACUGCUUGAAUUACUGCUGUUUACCGCAGCUGAUUUUCUUGGUCAACAGUCUAAAAAUGACACUCAGUUGGCAGUGUCGGAAGAUCUGACAGACCUGACUACAUUGUUGGACACUGCGAUACCGGAGGAUGCAACGGGAGCGAAGGGAGAAACUGUUGGUCCUACUACAACCGAGGCUAUUCCAGAAAUUACGUCAUCUAAAACCACACUGAAGGUGACAGUGAAGGAUUGGUUUUACAAAUUUGAUACCUUGGAUGCCACCAGCAUCUCCUCUGUCUCCAGUGCUGAUUUAUCAGCAGCAGUAACUGAAGAGCCAACCGAAGCCGCCAUCCCAACUGAUAGUCUUGAUCAAAAGACUCAAAAUGAUAUACAGUCAACAAUUCCUGAAGAAUUGGAUGACACAACUAGGCUAAUUCAACUUGCAACCACAUUGCUGGACGAUGGAAUAACCGAAGAUUUGAAAGAAGGGGAUGUUAUUACUGAUGAUCUUAACAUAAUUGAGGCCGAUUCAGAAAAUACGCCAGCUAAAACCACCAUGAUGGUGACAGAGAAGGAUCGAUUUAACGAAUUUGAUGCCUCGAGUGCCAUUAGCAUCUCCGCUGUCUCCAAUGAUGAUUUAUUCGUAGCUGUAACUGAAGAGCCAACAGAAACCGCCAUCUCAACUGAUAUUCCUGAUCAACAGUCUGAAAAUGACACCCAAACAACGGUUCUAGAAGACCCGAAUGACACAACUGACCAAAUGCAAUUCAAAACCACGGUGCCCGACGAUGCGACAACGGAGGAUGCAAUGAUAGGGGAGUUUUACACUGACGGUCUUACCACAACAGUGGCAAUGUCACAAACCACGCCAGGCAAAACCACCGUGGCGGUAACAGAGCAAGAGGAGUCUACCGACGUGGAUGCCUGGAGUACCACUAGCCCCUCCACUGUCUCCAGUACCACUAGCACCUCCACGGUCGCCAGUACUACUAGCACCUCCACUGUCUCCAGUACCGAGUUACCAACAACAAUAACUGAAGAGACCGCUAACGUUUCCAUCUUUGUUAACGACACUCUAGUGGAACUAAAUGAGACACUGCAAACAGAAACGUCUCCUAAUCAGACGCUGGUCAUAGAGGUCACGACAACUGUAAAACCCGGCCGUCCUCCUCCUCAUCCCUGUCUUGCGGAUAUCGAUGAAGGCGAACCGGAGUUUCAGCGAUACAUUUGUGUGGGGAACGUCGUUGUAUCCUACUUUGCGACCAUCUUUUUGCUUACAUUGAUUCUCUUUGGUGUUUCAAAUCGCGGGUUCAAGGUUCUGGUGGCCCACCACUUCUACUGCCUGAUGAAGGCUUAUAAGCCAGAACUGGCCAUCCUAUUAUUCUUCGUCUUCUUCGUCAAUAUUAAUCCAUACUUCUUUCGUCAUCUGCGAUGCGUGUUGAACGCUAAAGCAAGCGCAAAUUUGUAA